UCAGCGGCCGGCUCUGCGCAGGCGCAGAAGCCAGAGCCGGCUGAGAGGGGCGGAGUUUGGGCUCGUGCGGACCAAGAUGGCGGAGCGCGGCUACAGCUUCUCCCUCACCACCUUCAGCCCUUCUGGAAAGCUCGUUCAGAUUGAAUAUGCUUUGGCGGCUGUUGCAGCAGGAGCCCCAUCCGUCGGCAUUAAAGCUGCAAACGGUGUGGUGCUGGCGACAGAGAAAAAGCAGAAGUCCAUUCUGUACGACGAACGAAGUGUACACAAAGUAGAGCCCAUCACCAAACACAUUGGUUUGGUAUACAGUGGCAUGGGCCCUGAUUACAGGGUACUUGUCCACCGAGCACGCAAAUUGGCCCAACAGUACUACCUGGUUUAUAAUGAGCCAAUUCCAACAGCUCAACUCGUUCAGAGGAUUGCUUCUGUGAUGCAAGAAUACACACAGUCUGGGGGCGUACGACCGUUUGGAGUAUCUUUGCUAAUAUGUGGAUGGAAUGAGGGCAGGCCAUAUUUAUUCCAGUCUGAUCCUUCUGGAGCUUACUUUGCAUGGAAAGCAACUGCGAUGGGAAAGAAUUAUGUGAAUGGGAAAACGUUUCUGGAAAAGAGGUAUAACGAAGAUUUGGAGCUGGAAGAUGCCAUCCAUACAGCUAUCUUGACAUUAAAGGAAAGUUUUGAAGGACAAAUGACAGAAGAUAACAUAGAGGUCGGCAUCUGUAACGAGGCAGGAUUUAGAAGACUCACUCCCACUGAGGUUAAGGAUUACCUGGCUGCGAUUGCCUAGUGAGGGUCGAGAAAAACUGAACGGAUCCUUUUUUUAAAAAUGAAAUUCAGCCACUUAAUUACUUGGCUUCUGCACUCUUAUUUCUACUCGGUUUAUCUGAUAGAUUUUUUUAAAAGAAAUAUUAUGGAUCGAACGCUACUGUCCUAAUGUGGAAUUCUUGUUCUUGAAAUAGUAACCAUUGUACGAAAGUAUGGUGGGAGUUUACAUGAUCUGCAAAAAAUAAAAUCAUAACAAAGGGUGGUAUAAGUUUAAA